AUGGUCUCAUUACCUCAACGCAUGCGAAAGCUGCAAACAAAACUCCUCGCUAUUCGACUCGGAUCAGGAGCGGUCAUACUACCCAAAGAUGUCAAGCGAAUCCACCUGCGCUUUGCGAAACGAAUAGAAGGAGGGCAUAUGGGUCCGAGGAAAUUCAUGCAAUACGAACUCAUCCGGCUGAAAUACCACAACCCAGCGGUCUCCAUGACCGUCGACCGAACCGCUCUUGCCGAAGACGCAGCAGUCAUGAGUGUCCACUUCACCCAACCCGCAGAAGACGGCACAGACGCCCAGCUCACCGACCGCGUCCAAACGAUCGACAUGAAACUCCGCAACAACAGUGAGAUCCUGGAACAGCUUGUGCAGCUUACGAAAGCGCAGCCAGUAGAACCUACCGCCGAAGAGAUUGAAGAGCUGAAGGAUCUCGAGGAGCAGAGGGUGAAGGGUGCCAGGGAUAGCGCGAGGAGUGCGGAGGUGAGGGCCAGGGUGAAGCGAGAGAAGGAGUUGUUGGAGCAGGCGAGGGGAGAUAUGGCUGCGCAGGUGGCGUAG